AUGUUCUUUGGUAUACCAUCUAAAGAUGUCAUUUUGAACUCAGAUACACCGGAAACGUUGAAUAUAAAAUCGCAUAUAGACUUUAUCAAGGGUUACGUGAAAAAUGAAGACUCCUAUGCAAGUUUCUUUCAUUUAACUUUUGGCCAGUUAGAUUUUGUGGUUUCUGAAUAUUUGCGUUUAAGCGGAGUUUACUGGUGUUUAGCAGCAAUGGACGUCAUGCACAAACUUGACGACAUGGAUAAGGAGCGGAUUGCUAACUUUGUAAUCAAGUGUCAGCAGCCAAACGGCGGCUUUGCUCCAGCAUUAGAGCAUGAUCCUCACUUACUGCAUACACUGAGUGCUAUACAGGCAAGUUUAAUUGCUACCUUCUAUCAUGUAAUGAUAAUGUUGGAUCGAUUAAGCGACAUAAACUUGGAUGCCACUGCCAGCUAUGUGGCUGCAAGGCAGAAUGAAGACGGUAGUUUUGGAGGCGAUGAAUAUGGUGAAGUGGAUACACGGUUUACAUUCUGUGCGAUCGCUGCCCUUUUUCUUAUCGAUCGGUUGGAUGCAGUAGAUGUACAGAAAGCAGUAUCUUUUGUGCUGAAAUGCUACAAUCAUGACGGGGGUUUUGGUACUCGUCCUGGAUCUGAAAGUCAUGCUGGGCAGAUCUAUUGUUGUUUGGGUACUUUAGCUAUCACUGGAAGACUUGAGGAUAUUGAUAUUGAUAGGACAGGUCGUUGGCUAGCUGAAAGACAGUGUACUUCUGGAGGUUUGAACGGACGUCCAGAAAAGCUACCAGAUGUUUGCUACUCUUGGUGGGUACUGUCGUCGUUAGCGAUAAUUCGUCGUUUACAUUGGAUUGACAAAGCAUCAUUACGAAAAUUUAUAUUUGCUUGCCAAGACAGUGACGGUGGGUUUGCAGACCGACCUGGAGAUGUCGCAGAUCCGUUUCAUACGGUAUUUGGCCUUGCCGGCUUAAGUUUGUUGAACGAAGAGGGUUUGGAACCAGUGGAUCCUGUAUUCUGUAUGACGCGUAAAUCAUUAAAAACGCUAUCAAUAUGUUAA